AUGACUCGCGUAAGAGCAAUUGGACGAUUUGUGUCCAACCAGACUUGGAAAUCGACCUUCAUAUCUACAUCUCGAAUUGGGUCUCAUUCAUCGAGCCAGAUACGAAUGAUUUCCUCGGCAGCAGCCGUGGCAUCAGAGUCUGAAACCGCUGCGGCACAAAAGAAUUACAAAAUCAUCCAAGACGCAGGCGACUUUGACAAGCUCCAAGCCCAACGUCCAGAUUUUGAUCACUCUAAGCCUAUCGAAGUGACAAAAUCCCCAAAUCCCAAUUGGGAGUAUGGACAAGGUGUACCCGACAAUGGAGCUAGCCUGGUGCAAAAACAUCAUGAAAUCGACCCCUACGCACCAGAUCGUCCCAUGAUCAACAACUACCGUCUCCUUGUCUCUGGGAUUGCGCCGCGACCUGUGGGGUUCCUGAGUACCGUCAAUGCCAAGGGUGAAAAGAACCUUUCCCCGUUUAGUUACUUCCAAGUCAUCGACCACGAUCCCCCGAUGUUCAUUGUGGGCUUCUCGUCUCGACCAGGUCGGGUUAAAGAUACCUACCACAACCUCAAGGAAACCGGCGAGUGUGUUAUCAACACAGUAUCCGAAAAUAUGAUCGAGGCUGUCAACGCGACCUCGAUCGAUGCUCCGUACGGUGUGUCCGAGUGGGAUGUCUCCGGUCUGCACGAGGCACCGUCAAGUACAGUGAAGCCAUCCCGAGUUGCAGAGUCGGUGUUCAACAUUGAAGGCAAGGUCGUCGACAUCAAGGAGUUCACGGAUCAUCAGCAGCCUGGAAUGAGCCUUGCCGCUACUGUUCUCAUCAAAGCUACCCGGUUCUGGGUGAAGGAAGGCACGGCCAACGAGGAUUAUAGUCACAUUGACUUGGAGAAGUUGCGGCCGGUCGGUCAACUGGGCGGUAUCUCGUAUGGUCGGAUUGGGUCGACUUUUGAGCACCCUCGCAAGAAGUGGAGUGAGGAGGUACCCAAGAGUGAGGUAUUGGCCAAGCUGGAUGCUGCAAAGCCUGUCGAUAAUUGA